GUGGAUGUAAGUUCCUCAUUUAAUGAGAUACGUAUAUCAUGGCUUGUUAAAGGGGAUGAAACAGAUAAAGAAGUAGCGGAUCUGUUGAAUAAAGAGACGGCUUCGAUUCGUAGAAAACUGUAUGAGAUGCUGAAUUUUGUGGCGAUACCAACGAUUAAGUUCAUUGCUGAUGACAGUCAUUUGUACUUACAGAGAAUGAAUCGACUGUUUGAAAUAGCUGAUUAUGGAGAUGGUUCUGAUCGUGGUUCUUGA